AUGCACACCCGCAACUCCAUGCCACAUACGCGCAGGCAUCUACCGCAAAAUCCACUAGCCGUAUGCUCCUUUGCGGAAGCAGGAGACCGUGCCGUAGCUCUCGCGGACAUCAAUGAAGAAAAUGCCCAAAAAGCUGCAGAGACUGCCAGAAAAUAUGCGACCCAUCCUAAUUUCCGAACUUUGAUCAUCGGAGUCGAUGUUGCAGAUGCAGAGAGUGUGCAGAAGAUGAUUGAUGUGACGGCGAAAGAGUUGGGACGCAUUGAUUAUGCUGUGAAUGGGGCUGGGGUACAAAGUUCUUCUUCCCUAUUCUUUUUUGGUACUUUCUCGAUUUCAUGCAGUGUGGAAACAAAGAAACUCAUAUAUAUAUAUAUAUACAUUGAUGCGUGUCAAUACCAAAGGCCUCAUGCUCUGCGUGCGGGCCGAAAUCAACGCCAUGCUCGCGGAGUCAUUUUGAACGUGGGCUCUGCAGAUUCGUAUGCGGGGCUGCCGGCAAAGACGGCGUAUACGGUGUCCAAACACGCGGUGAUGGGACUCACGAAGAUAGCUGCACUCGACCAUGCUGCCGAUGGAAUUCGCGUCAAUGCCGCGUGUCCCACCUGGGUUCGUACUCCUAUGGUUGAAGAGGAGUGCAGAAGAAACCCAACCGUGAUGCAGAUGGGGGAGUCAUAG